AGUGUCCAUCCUUGUAAUGAGCGUUGAAUCGAAGGUUGAAGUAGAUAUGAAGGAUGAGGGGAAGCAUGAGUCCGGAGGGCAGCAACUGUUUGAUGAUGCCCGGGACGAUCUUGGAGUGUUGAGUAAUCUAUUAGUUGAUAUUGAGACCAUGCGGAGUAUAGGAGAAGGAGUGCCGGAGGAAAAGGUUUGUGAUAUCCUAAUGCAGUUGGAGAAGAUAAGGCGUAAUCAUCGUAAGUUGAGGGCAAUAGCUAUGGUAGAUGAGGAGGCUAUCAGUAAAGCAGUGGAUACUCAAUUACAUCAGUCCAUCAUGGCUAAAGAGAAAACAGCUUUCCAAGAGUCCCUCUACGAACAAGUUAUCUCGGCCACUGGACAUCCUGUAAUGAACGAUAUGUCCAAGUUAGUGGAGGGAAUGGGAGAGACGUUUCCUUCGACGAAGAGUUUUGAUGAGAUUGACAGGAACCUAUCAGCUGAAUUGAAAGCUCGACAGGAACUGGAAGGCUCAUUGGACGAAUUAAGCAAGGAGAGGGAGGAUUCUGCUAAGGAUUUGGAGUCUCGUGAGAAGUUGCAUAAAUUGGUUGAUCAACGAUUAGAGGAUCUACAGAAAGUAGUAAACCCCCUGAUGAAGGCAUUCGGCUCAGCAGCAGACCAACACAGCACUACUACGAUGACGUGAUUAUUGUUUCUU